AGGGGAAGGGUGCGCGGCGGCUGGGCCCCUUCGCCCCCUGCCGAUCGAGGGUCCGGGAGGAGCUAGUCGUGACCCUCUCCCUGGCCAGCAGUCUUUCCCGAACGCUCCCUGGGGUUCACGGGGUCAGUAGCUCCCACAGAGCAAACAGUACCUUGGGGUGACCGGCUGUUAGCAGAAAUGCCGCCGUGCGCCAGACUUCCAGUCACUAACUUCUCUUCUGCAUAUUCAGACGGGAAAAUGACUCCAAGAAUCGGGUUCCCGUUUUGCUGCUUAAGCCGGAGGCUACAGAUUCCGCGGCUGCUUCUCGUGUGUGUGACCUGCCACGCCACUGCCAUCGGCGCCUUAUUGCAACCUGGCCUGGAAGGAAAUGCCCGCCUUUUGCAACUUCUCAAUAACAGGUCAAACCAGGAGCAGGGCUAUUGUGAAGCAGAAGCUAGAUUAGCUUCGUCUCUCGACUUUUGGACUCUCUCCUCUGAAAACCUCAUAGCUGUGUUGCCAGUUGAUCCUGUUAAAGAAAAUUAUAUUCGUAAAGUGAAAAACUGUGUUUUUUCCAUUGCUUUCCCUACUCCUUUUAAAUCAAGAGUACACCUUGUGGCAGUUUCAAAGGAAGUUCUAGAAGAUAUUUUGGACCUUGAUUUAUCCGUCUCAGAAACAGAUGAUUUUAUCCAGCUUGUAAGUGGCAAAAAGAUUGUAUUUGGAUCCAUUCCAUUGGCUCACAGAUAUGGUGGCCAUCAGUUUGGAAUAUGGGCAGAUCAGCUUGGGGAUGGAAGAGCCCAUCUUAUUGGAAUUUACAUGAACAGGCUGGGUGAAAAGUGGGAACUUCAGUUAAAAGGCUCAGGAAAGACCCCAUACUCCCGAAAUGGUGAUGGCAGAGCUGUACUUCGUUCCUCAGUGAGAGAAUUUUUGUGUAGUGAGGCUAUGUACUAUCUUGGAAUCCCAACCAGCAGAGCUGCAAGUCUAGUUGUAAGUGAUGAUGAAGUAUGGAGAGAUCAGUUCUACAAUGGGAACAUUGUGAAAGAACGAGGUGCAGUAGUGCUUCGCGUUGCAAAAUCAUGGUUUAGAAUCGGAUCAUUAGAAAUUUUGUCUCAUUAUGGUGAACUGGAUUUACUAAGGACAUUAUUAGAUUUCAUCAUACAGGAACAUUUCCCCUCAUUAGAUAUCAAAGAUCCUAAUAGAUAUGUGGAAUUUUUUUCCAUUGUGGUAUCUGAGACGGCACAACUGAUUGCUCUGUGGAUGUCUGUUGGUUUUGCUCAUGGUGUUUGUAAUACUGAUAACUUCAGUUUGUUAUCCAUUACAAUUGACUAUGGUCCAUUUGGUUUUAUGGAAGCCUAUAAUCCAGAUUUUGUGCCAAACACAUCUGAUGAUGAAAGAAGAUAUAAAAUAGGAAAUCAGGCCAAUAUUGGGAUGUUUAAUUUGAAUAAGUUGCUACAAGCUCUAAACCCAUUACUGGAUCCAAGGCAAAAGCAGCUUGCCGCUCAGAUUCUUGAGGGGUAUCCUGUUCUCUAUUAUACAAGAUUUAGAGAAUUGUUCAAAGCCAAAUUGGGACUACUUGGAGAAAGGAAGGGUGAUGAUGAUUUAAUUGCAUUUCUCUUACAUCUCAUGGAAAACACAGAAGCUGAUUUUACAAUGACAUUUCGGCAGCUCAGUGAGAUUACUCAAAGCCAGUUACAGGAGCUCAACAUUCCUCAGCAAUUUUGGGCACUGAAGAUGAUUUCAAAACAUGAACUCUUUCCUGCCUGGGUGUCCCAGUACCUUUUGAGACUGAAGAGUAACAUGAAUGAUUCAGAUAGUGAAAGAAGAAAAAGAAUGAUGACUAUUAAUCCUAGAUACGUGCUGAAGAACUGGAUGGCAGAGUCUGCAGUGCAAAAAGCAGAAAGGAAUGAUUUUUCAGAGGUCUAUCUUCUGCAGCAAGUUCUUCAGCAUCCUUUUCAGAAGCAUUCUGCAGCCGAGAAAGCAGGCUACUCCUCACCUACUCCUGCUUGGGCUAGAGAUCUCAGAGUUAGCUGCUCAUCUUGAUUUGGAAAAAAGAAAUUAAAGAAUACGUCUGUCAUUGAACUCAACAUAGAAUAAUUAAUUUGAUAAAUUCUUAUCUACAUUUUGAUGAAAAUCCUGAAUUUCAUAGUGAUUAUAUAUAAAAAUAUUCUUAACUAGAUAAACUGGACCUAUUUUUUGUAACAUCUUUGUGAUCAUUUUUUUUUUUUCCGAAAGCUGCUUUAUUAUAUACUUGAGUUACAGGAAGUUACAUCACAUCUGGGAGGGCCUUUGACAUCAUGAGAUCCAUCCCCUUACCACUGGGCGGGAGAGUCAAACUGGAUGGCGUCCAGUCUUUGACUGGUCCCGCCUCCAGGGCCGGGCUUUUGCCCUCACACUGAAUCCAGCUGAUGUAAAUUAAGCCAACUGUAUUCUACCGGCCCUUAACACCUCCCCCUUUUUAAAUAUAUUUUUGCAGCUAAAAUCAAAAGCAAAACUUUACAUCAAGAACAAGGCUUUGACUAAAAGCUAAUAACAAAUUGAUAUCAAUGCAAACACAAUAAUAAUAGAGAAAUCAAACUACAGCUAUGUCAAUAUUCUUGCUACUGAUUGAAAAGUCUCUUUUGCUGCUGGUGUAUAUUUGCUCAGAGUCCUUAGAGUUGAUUGUGCAAUGUCUUAUAGAAGACUGGCAGCUAACCAAUGUCAGCAUGGCCAGAAACAUGGUUGAGGUAGUAAAUUCUGCCUUCUGUCGGCUUUAGUAGUUAACUUCUUCUGCAUCACUGUCAUCAGGGCAACUCUCAGUCCCUUGAACGAUGGGGCAAGCAGCUUCUCCGGGUGCAUCAUGGCGACGCACGUAACUCUCUGGCAUCCAGAUUGGCUGUGCUGUUCCUUCUGGAAAGAUAAAAAACACAACCUCUUCCCAACAUUAUUAUUGCAUCUGAUAAAAUUUUUGUCUGGUUUUUGCCUUCUUCAACCAGGCUAACUUGGUGGAGGCUAUUGUACAGGAGGCCUGAUGCCAUUUGGCUGCUGUACAACCCUCUGCAUUGCAAUUCAAAAAAAUUUUAAAUAUAAAGCAAAAAAUUUUUAAGUAUAAAAUCAUGACUGAGUUUGCAUUUGAGGUGAGACAUAACAUCUGUCUCCCCCUUUUUGUUUUAAUAAUUGCAUCUUAAUAGUACGGUUGGCUUACUUUAAAAUAGCUUGAGAAUUAAUAAGUGAUAUUAGUUUUAUGAUAAAUUUGAUAUUGCUGACAAAAAUACUGUAAACAGUCGCACUAACCGGUUUGGCUCAGUGGAUAGAGUGUCAGCCUGCGGACUGAAAGG